GGUAGGUGUGGCUCAGAGGAGCAGCGGGCGGAGCUCACCGGCGUAGAGCGGCGCACGUGUUGGUCUGCGGCGCAGAACCGACGCGGAGAGGUUCGGGAGCCGGACGCCGAGAUGGACGCGGUGGUCUUUGCGGAUGUGGCUGUGAACUUCUCCCGGGAAGAGUGGGCUUUGCUGGAUCGUGGUCAGCGGCAGCUCUACCGGGACGUGAUGCUGGAGACCUGCAGGAACCUGGCCUCCCUGGUUGAUAUAAGUCAGGAUAAAAGGAGUGCAUCAAGUCCUCAGCAGAAUGUUCUGCAGAAUGAGCUCCCCAGUGAAAGCGAGACCAUCUUAUUUGCAAGAAAUGAUUUUUGCUCUGUUUUUGGAGCAAACUGGAAAUUUCCUAACGGUGGAGAUCAGACCCAAACCGAGGAAAGGUGUUUGAGAGGUCAUCUGGUGGAGCGGGUCUGUGAAAGCAGUGAAGAUAGUCGACGUGGAGAAACCAGAAGGCAGAUGACAAGUCUUACCGUGCGUGAGGAUCGUCUUACUGGAGACAAGUCCUCUGUGUCUCGAGCCCCAGCCCUCACGUGGAUACAGGCCUUGGAGAGAAACCUUAUGAACCUCAGGACCCUGGGGGAGCUUCGAAGAGAGACUUGA